AUGGCUCAUAAGGAGAUCCUGGGAGAUGCCACCCAGAUUCUUGGUCCUCUUUCAGGGCUCUCAGUUGAUCAAAUCGUCGAGAAAUAUAGCAAUAACAAGGACUUAAGCACUGCUAUCUUAAAAGAACCCUUAGAUUUUGAAAACAGCUUCCUAGCAGAACACGAGCGAUUUCUACAGGUUGGAACUACCAGGCUGCGAACGAGUCAUAACAUUAAGCACCAGCAUGGUGAAGGUCCUAUAUACCUCUUCUUUCAUGGCCUAGGAGGGAACCUAACUCAGUUUGAACCUCUCCUGCGACUGCUCGGAGAGUUGAACGAAGGAUUUGUUGCCAUGGACCUACCUGGAUUUGGUUUGAGCGAAGAACAAGAUGGUUAUCAAAUGCUGCAAGUUACUCAAGUUAUUCACGAUGCCUUUUUGCAGAUUACAGACCAUAAAAAGAUUAUUUUGGUGGGUCAUUCCAUGGGCUGCCACCUUGUACUGCAUUUCGCCAUACUAUUUGGCUUGGAGUUUGAUAUAAAGGAUAGCGUCUUUCUAUCUCCGCCGGCACCGACACUCCCGCAGCUUCAAAAGGUGUCCACCAGGCUGGCUCUGUCCGUUUUGUGCAGGUUACCGUUUUUGUUUGACUGGUAUAGAUCUUAUUUUGAUCAGAGUAAAGGACUUGAAAGUUCUGGCAUCAAGCAAUUCUUUUACGAGGGCGACUGUUAUCGCAAGCUUUGGCAGUUUCACUACAACGUACAGAUACGGAGUCGUUCACUUGUUGCAUACCUACGUGGAUGGGUUCCUGUUGAUUGGCCGAAAGUGGGUGUUAUCCCGAGUGCCGUGGUCAUUACUGGAGAGAAGGACCCAGUUACUCCAUUAGACAAUGCCAAAACAUUCUUCCAUGCGCUUGAAGAACACAUUCGUCAUACUAAAUUUAUCAGCAUCGAAGACUGCUCGCACAACAUUUGCUUUGACCAGCCAGAACAGGUCGCAAAGCAGUUUCUUGAGGAGGUCAUCAACCGUCAUGGCUAG